AAAAUUCAUAUAAUUCCCAUUUUUUCUCUCUGCUUUCUUUCUUUUCUCUCACACAAACACACACACAAAUUCCGGUAAACAUAUUUUCUGUUCCUCUAUACUUUCCGCCGUCGCUUCUCUCUCAGAUAGGAAGAAGCUUGGCUUGGCUUAGCUUAGCUGACUUCUGUAUAUAAAAAGACUUCACGUGGGCUGUCAAUACACACGUUUAUUGGCAGCCCAAAAGAAUACUUCUAGACCCACUACAGAGAUUUUGCAUAGCUGAUUCCAAGAUUAUGGGUUCAUUGUCUGGUCUUCAAAGACCGGUUGUUGCAGCCUCUGCUGUUGCAUUAGCUUCUGUUUCUACUGAUAUUCGUGACAAAGUCUGGCCUUCUACCCCGGUGGAUUAUUAUAUUUCAUCAGAACAGUCGAACGGAUGUACUUCAGAUUCGAGUAGUGUUAUGAAAUGGGCACGGGUAUUGGAUAUGAGCGUCUCUAGGUCUUUUGUGACUAGUUCAAUACCUGUUCCCAAAUUUAGAUUCCCCUCGAUUGAUAUAGGCAAUAAUCAUCUUUCAAAUAACAUGGCUUCUAAUGUUGCAUCUUUUCCUUCUUUGGUUAACGCAUAUCGGUCAGCAGAGUUGGUAAAAGCUCCUAGACCCGUCGACUAUGUUUCUUCUCUACCUAACGUGGCGUCUACGGAUGUGGUUUAUAGAUGGCAUCUGCCACAUCCUAAUGCCAUUGAUUUAUCCGAAAAGUCUAAGAUGGUAGUGGUUUUACUUGGGUGGUUAGGUGCUAAACAGAAGCACCUUAAGAAAUAUGCUGAUUGGUAUACCUCCAAAGGAUUUCAUGUGAUUACCUUUACAUUUCCAAUGAGCGAGGUGUUAAGCUAUCAGGUUGGAGGGAAAGCCGAACAACACGUAGAUUCACUUGCAAACCAUCUUGCUGAAUGGUUGGAAGACGAGUGUGAAAAGAAUUUGGUUUUCCACACAUUUAGUAAUACAGGAUGGCUAAUAUAUGGAGCUAUGUUGGAGAAGUUUCAGAGGCAAGACAAUUCUUUAAUGGGAAGAAUUAAGGGAUGUAUUGUGGAUUCUGCACCAGUCGCCGCCGCAGAUUCACAGGUUUGGGCUUCUGGAUUCUCUGCUGCUUUUCUGAAGAAGAACAGUAUUGCAUCAAAAGGUUAUAGAAAUGCACACGACAUUGCUGCCAAACCAGCAAUGAGCGAAGCAGCUCUAUUAGUGAUUCUGGAGAAGUUCUUUGACGUGAUUUUAAAUUUGCCCGCAGUUCACAAGAGGCUCUCAAAUGUAUUAUUACAACUGAAAUUUGGACAACCAAGCUGUCCACAGUUGUAUAUAUAUAGCAGCGCGGACAAAGUCAUUCCUGCAGGAUCAGUGGAGUCUUUCAUAGAGGGACAGCAGAGAACGGGGCGUGUGGUCAGGUCAUGCAACUUUAAAUCAACACCACAUGUUGAUCAUUUUAGGCAUGAACCCGAGUUGUACACUACUCAGCUCUCACAGUUUUUCAAGGAGUGUGUGCUUAACUCUUGCAGACAAAAUUGAAACAUGAUGACGGGUUGAUCACAACCUUCAAUUUUUUCAUUUUUUCUAAUUUCUGACAUGAUAAUCCAAGUUAUUUUUUGGAGUGAAAUAUACACAAGGGAGAAUAAGUGUCAUCUUUUUAACACUUACCCUCGAAUUAAAUUCUUUAUGUAAUUGACGUUACUCAAUAUAUGAAAUUAUGAUGUUAGAAAUGA